AUGGAGCGUACCUACAUCAUGGUCAAGCCUGACGGCGUCGAGCGCGGUCUCGUUGGUGAAAUCAUCAAGCGUUUCGAGGCUAAGGGUUACCAACUCACUGCCCUUGAGCUUAUGCACCCCACCAAGGAGCACCUCGAGGAGCACUACUGCGACCUCAAGAGCAAGUCUUUCUUCCCUGGCUUGAUCCAAUACAUGCUCUCUGGCCCUGUUGUCGGUAUGGUCUGGACUGGUAAGGAAGCCGUCAAGACUGGCCGCAAGCUUCUUGGUGAGACCAACCCCCUUGCCUCUCUCCCCGGUUCCAUCCGUGGUGACUUUGCCAUCGAUGUCGGUCGCAACAUCUGCCACGGUUCCGACACCCCCGAGAACGCCGAGAAGGAGAUCGCUCUCUGGUUUCCCCGUGGUAUCAAGACCGCCAAGCGUGACAAGAGCAUCGACACUCUUAUCUAUGAAUAA